GCCAUGUCGCCAACGGAACACUGGGCUAGUAGAUCCAUGACACAUUUGGAGGACCACGAGAGCGUUGUGAGGUGCCCAUGCUUAAAUACUCCUACCAAGAUCGAUUCCUGGCCAGAGAUCAUCAAUCGCCCCAUCGUGUCACACACCCCCGGAAGAGAGCAUGCGGUUUAUCCCUUCAUCUUCGUGCCUCACUCUCCUUAUCGGAGCUUCGGUUCUGGAUGGAAUCGGCUUCGCGGCGGCGCAAGCAACGAAUCGGCGGUGCGGCACCCGGCUAGUCAGACAGUCAAGAGUGGUUGGUGGCCGAACAGCUUACGACGGAGAAUUCCCGUGGCUGGUGUCCCUACUGUUCGUCCCAUCGCUGGGAGAAAGCAAGUGUGGUGGGACCAUAUUGAACGAACGUUGGAUUCUUACCGCAGCCCACUGCUUCUAUGGGUACACUAAAUCAGAGUUCGUCGUUCGUGUCGGUGAUUACAACCUGCGCCGGAAGGAAGGAAGGACUCCUGCGGUGACAAUUCCCAUUGACAGACUCGUCAUUCAUCCCCAGUACAGACAAAGCAAGAAGUACGACUAUGACAUGGCUCUGGUGCGUCUGAGUCGUGACAUUCGCUACACGCCUUACGCUCAGCCAGCAUGUCUGCCCGGGUCUUCGCUCGAACACACCGACGGAAUCAACGUCACCAUUGUCGGCUGGGGACAGCUAUCCGAAACUUCAGGGAAGACCCCACAUGUGCCACACAAGGCAUCCGUCACAGUAUUCAAGAACGAGCAGUGCAACCUUUGGCUCGCACAGCACUCCAUGAGACUGCUUAACAACCAUAUGUGUGCAGGAGUUCCCGAUGGAGGAAAGGACGCGUGUCAGGGUGACUCUGGAGGACCCCUGUUCGCUGUCCAGAGUCGGCGAUACUACGUUGUCGGCGUCGUAUCAGCGGGAUACGGUUGUGCACGGCCACGGACUCCAGGAAUCUACAACAGGGUGACCUCUUUCAUGCCCUGGAUCUUACGUCACAUCUCCGAGGAUGACAACGAAGACAACAUUGCCAGAUUCUGAUCAACAAAAAAAGACAAAAGUCGUCGGUCGGGUAAACGAAGCAUAACCAAAAACAGACGGACCGUGGGAGGUAUUUCGACCGCUGCUGACUUAGGCUACGUCGUUACUUCUUGUAAUCAACGCCCGGUUGUUUGCGUCUUUGUUCGUUUUCCCAAAUGCGAUGAAGCUUAAGUUAUUACUUGUUCAUGUAGUGUAGGUUUUCCAAUGCCCCAUCCUGCAAUUUUUUUUUUCUGUAAAUAUUUUAGGCGGCCUUUGCUUUAGGCGUUGGGUCUAGUCUAGUCCGCACAAAUAUGUCAAGGCAGUGCUAAUAUUUUCCUGUCAUGUCAAUAUAAGAAAACUGCUCUCGCCGCAGGUUGGAAAUCAGAUUCAUUAAUUCCCAGUGUAUUAUGAUGAGUUCGUGGUAUCGCCAGAAAAAUGGUUUCUUGAUGUCGAACACCAUCGUGGCUAAGCACGUGAUAUGCUAUACAAAGGCAUGCAUAAUCGUUGACGUGAUUGUAGUGGCACAUUACAUGUUCAAAGUUCCUAGACUUGCAUAAGUCACCGAGCUCGUGCUUGAAAACGAACUCUACGCAGCGUUGUGCGUUUCCAGCUGCAAAACUGCGAGUUAGGGCAUCCAUCUAUUAGCCUUACACAUACUUGCCCCUGUUCUCCUUAAUCUCUAGUCGGCUUUUUCUCUUUCGCAUGCACGUUAGGAAGGUGAAGUGCUGUCACUUUCUCAUACAGUGACAAGACGGUUGCCUGCAUAUGAUCCCCCACCCCCAAUAAGUUGCAGCUGCACGGUUCACUGCUCGACAUCCCGUACUUUCGAGGCAAUUCAAACCAAAUAAUGUUUCUGGCAUGAUAAGUAGAACAAAGCCCGUAAAAUUACUGGUGAUUUUUUUUUAUUUUUCUUGCAAAGCAACCUGUAUCCCGGUGCGUGGCGGUGUUUUGGUGCUUUAUGGCACAAGAGCGACAAAGGCCAAAUAGUGCGAAGACACAUGAUCUAUUCUUCGUGCUGUGUUUGCAUGUUCUGUGCUGGUUUGAGACAAGUAGGGUCUUAUGUGUGAUUGAUUUAAAAAAGCGAUGACUGUUUCUGUGAGGUACGUUACAUAUACUACAGUUGGUAAGAAAGAAGACAUAAGUGAGUUGUUAAAUUUGAAGUAAGGCACGGAAAGGUAUGUGGGAUAUACCCACAGCAAUAUCCCUAGUGCGUGGAAUUAUCGACAUGUUUGCUUGACCGUUGCUGUAGUUCCUCUUGACAUGUUGUCUGGUACAUCUACAAAUCUGAUGUUUUUUGGCACAACAACAGCGUAGGUACAAAUUUAAACUGUGGAACGUUUUCGUUGUUAGCAAAUCAUUUCGUCGUUAGCAAAAUCAUUUAUACGUUUUAUUCUUUUUGUGCAGUCGCACAGUUCGUACUGAAGCUUGGGACGGUGCCAAAGGCAAUGUGCAGUCAUCUUAGACACUGGCUAUUUACUAUUUACAUUACGACUCGCUGUGUAGAUAAUGUAAAUACCCACCAAGUCGGCUAUGUAAUAUUUAUUUACUUUUAAGGUAUUUAUGCUUGUAUGUAGUGUACAUACUUUCCUCUUAUAUUUCUUAAAGCGUAAUGUAUUUACAAACAUGCCCCUGAA